CCAGGAGGCAGACUUCGCACCGGAAAGUCAGUCAUCUUUCCGCUUCCUGUCAAGAGAUCCGCUCUACUACAUCCCAUCAUAAUGCCAAAAUCAAAGGAAGUGCUGUCUUCCACAUCUGGAAGUGACUCUGACAGUGAAGCAGAGACCAAGGCAAAGAAAAAGAAGUCAAGUGUGCCAGAGAAACCAGCCAAGAAACCAAAGAGCGGAGAGAGCUCCAAGCCGAGCGGCUCAGCCAAGGGCAGCAGUAAUAAUGACGACAACAUGUUUCAGAUUGGGAAGAUGAGAUAUGUCAGUGUCAGGGACUUUAAAGGCAAAGUCCUGAUUGACGUCAGGGAGUACUGGAUGAACCAAGACGGGGAAAUGAAGCCGGGGAAGAAAGGUAUCUCCCUGAAUCCUGAACAAUGGAACCAACUGAAGGACCAGAUUUCAGAAAUUGAUGAUGCCAUAAAGAGAAUAUAAGCAUUCCUUUCAAUGUUAUCUGUUGCACUUAUUGCGUGAAACUAGUUGGCUAAUCAGUUUUGUAAAAAGCCUGGGAUUGUUUUCUAAUGGACUUGUUUAGUUUGUAGUUCUAUAGAUCUAGUAUUGUCAGUAUACUCUAGUUUUCUCUGUGAAUCUUGUUUUUGAGCUUUUGAGUCAAGGUAGGGGAUGAUGAGUAGGUGGUGGAUCAUUACAGUGGGUGUGUAGAGUGUAUAAAUACACUGAUGUUUUGUAUUGAAUAAUAAAAACAAGGCACUAGCUUAAUAUUGUUGUUCGUUGUGCAAGUUUAUGUUUAGUUUGGCUGUCACGUAAAUUUAAAUCGUAAGACUUGUUUCAUCUGACCUUUGUAAUAUGUAGCAGCCAGUAUAAGUGCUCCUCAUUUCUGAAAGCAAGUCAUGUUGUCCCUGCAGGUGAUUAGAUUCAUGAUGAACCAUGAGUUAGGUUUUGAAAAUAAAUGAUACUGUUAAACAUA